AUGUCGGCUCAUCCACAAAAUUCCCUAGAAGGCUGUUUGCUCCGGGAUUUUUCCCCCACGCAAUUGCGGCUGAACAUGUACUCCAAAGCCAAUGUCAUUGCCUCUGUAGCGUCUGCUCUAAAAGGUUCUUCGGCCAUGGACCGAUUACUCUGCUCUCAGUUUAGCAAACUCUUUCGGCUACCUGUUGCUCGAUGCCCGAACUCAACCAAGCUCAUUGGCAGCCUUCUCUGCCGGCAGCUUAUUACGAUUCGAAAAUAUGAACUUUGGUUCACUUUCGGUAAUCAUCCUCUUCGUUUCUCCGUAGAUAAAUUUAAGGAAAUAUCUGGCUUGAACUACGGCGUAUUCGAUGUUGAAGACUCAGAAACUGAGGUUAAUGAACCAGGUAGUAUGUGGAAGCAACUCUUUGAUACAACGGUAGGUGAAAUAACUGUGGUUCAGGUGCUUAAGAUGCUAGAGAACCCAUAUCUUGCGGAUUGGAAACGAGUUCCUUUGGCUCUGAUAGCGUUGGUGGACGGGGUUUUGUGUUGUACUAAUAAAACACUCAAGCUCACCCCUAAGUAUGUCGAAAUGCUCAGCAACCUGGAGUCUUUCAUGAAUUAUCCAUGGGGGAGGACCUCGUUUUUACACACCAUAUCUCGUUUUUUGCCUCCCCCGGUUAGUGUCGAAACCCCUGACCCGCUGCACGCACUACGGAUCCGGUUAUCUGAAAAGAAAACCGCAUGCUAUGGCUUUCCACUAGCUCUCCAGUUGCUCGCUUUUGAAGCGGUUCCUCAGCUGUUGGCCAGAAUUCCCGAUGCGGAUAACACAUACGAUUUUUUGGAUAACCCUUCGUGUUGUGGAAACACCGUGGUUAUCCUCAACACAAACGACAUUGUCGCUGUCGAAGGAGAGCCAGAUGUUAUUGUAGAUUUCAGCCUCGUCCCCGAAGCUGAGCGACAUUUCUGGUUGGAUGAGGUUGAGGACCCGAAAGUAACUCGUUUAGUCGACCACAUCUGUUCUGGCCAUACAUUUAGAACUGAAGAUUUCGAAGGUGGAGACAGGUCAUUUGGUAAAGACAAUGCAAUUCCGGAAGGCAAACCUCAAGGUGUACCCCUUAUACAGCGUACUCUACGACCACGUAAACGUGCUGCUGUUGUUAUUGAAGACCUAACGACACCCGAACACAAUGAACCCGACGUUCCGCCUGAAUCAGGAAGGUCUCCAAACGAAGAUUUGAAAUCGUGGAUUCUAGAGCAGUUUCAAAACUUUAAGAAUGGGAAAUACGAGCGCUUAGACCAGUUUGAGAAAACAUUAUGUGAUCACUUCGGUGUUCCCCUACCUAACAUCCACAACAAAGGCAAGAGGAAGGUGGGAGAAGAUGAUCAUGGAUACUCCGGUUCUCCGAAAAGUGUCGAGAACCAGUAUAAAAAGCAGCGGCCAAAUCGGAAGUCAAGAAAAAUAAAUUCAACGGUUCCUAAGCCUGGACAGGAAAUGCAUUCGUAUCCACUUCGCUCUGCAGACGGCUUAGAGGGAACCAUAGGAAACACGCAACCUGGCUUCAGCAGGGAGACUCGCGAGAACAACGAGAAUUCAACUCUUCUUACUCCACAAUUCGAUCAGAACGCAACCGAUCAGAAAGAUGACACCUACAUUGGUGAAAAAGCUGUGGAUGUCAAGUGGGAUGAAGCAAAUCCUCAUGCAUACAGCGCAGUGAAAGAAGUACAUGCGGGUGAGCGUCCAUCAUCAGAUCCGAAUCCGGAAUCUGCCCCAGAUUUUGCAUCCACCAGAAGUGAAGAUAAUGUUGGACCUGUUUCCACAAACCUGAGUGGUCAAAAAACGCAAGCACCCGUUAUAGAGGGCGGUGUACCUGAUUCGAUGGCCGUUCAAAAUCCGACAUCCCCGAUUGAGGAGGACGAGAAUUAUGAAAGCUGCAAAGAAAACAUCUCAUUUGAUUCCCAGUUGCAAGGAAAACACCCUCGAGCUGUAGAAGAUAUGCCUGGUUCUGAGACGGAUGAUGACGACAAUUAUGUGGAGAGUGGUGGUAAACGUGUGCCCAAAAAAUCCCAGAAGAUUCGCUGA